ACGCCGCCAUUCGCGGCCGUGGAUGUCAAUCACCAGGUCCCGGCCAGAUAUUCCCCACCAGCACCCGGUGAUCGCCAUGUAUCACCAACGGGGGAGAGACCUGUAUGUAAACAAUACAGAUCUCUCCCGUCAGCUCCUGCACAUUGCUUUGUAUUGCUCUGCAUAGCAGAGCAAUACAAAGCAAUGUGCUUGCACUGUAAAACACACACACACAGCACACAGUUAACCCACUGAUCGCCCCAGAUGUUAACCCCUUCCUGCCCAUUGUCAGUAGUACAGUGUCAGAUGUUUUUUAUUAGCACUGAUCACUGUAUUGGUAUCACUGGGGAUGUCAGUGACACCUUAGUCAGUUCCCCCCAGUGUCAGAUUGCCCGCCGCAGUCCCGCUAUAAGUCACUGA